AUGAAGUUCCUCGCCACCAUCGCUCUCCUGGCCUCCGCCGUGGCCGCCGCUCCAGCUGAGAAGCUCUUCAACCUGAAGACCUCCGGCGCCGCCAACAGCACCCACAACGACCUGUACCUUUCCGUUGGCCGUGGUAUCAUCAACGACCCCCUCAAUAACGAGGCCCUCUUCGCCGGUGCCCCCGCCAAGCGCGCUGCCACUUUCUACGUCAACAACGGCACCAUCCGCUGGGAUAGCGGCGAUGCCUCCACCCCCUGGGCUCUGGAUCUGAUCAAGGUCAACGGCGUCCGCAAGGAGCGCGCCCAGGUCAGCGUCGACCCCACCACCGGAUCUAAGGGUUUCACCAUCGGUCCUAAGGGCUUGCAGGGCCCUGCCAACAGCUGGGGUGGAUGGUUGUGGUGCCCCGUCGACGCCGCCGCCGGCCAAUUCUACCCCAACCUGCACUACCUCAACAAGAACGUCUCUCUGCCCGCUGUGCCUACUGGCUGUGACAAGAUUAACUUGGAGGUUGUGCCUAAGUCCUCUGCUUAA